AUGGAGCUCAUCCUCGGAAAGUUAAAACACAACGCUAAGAGCAUCACUACAGAAGAUGCUCGAAGCCUUGCUGACAACGCCGAAGAUGGGGACGAGUGGACGGCCAACAUCAUCGCUGCUGUCGCGGACAUCGCUAUCCGCAAUGAAGAAGAGAGUGCACCGUCAAACGACGAUCACCGUCGAUCUGCCGACCGUGCCUCUCAGUCUACACUCAACGUGUCGCAAGAUGUCAUAGAGAGACUGCGCAGCGAUCCAAGCAGCAUCACUGAAGAGGAUGCUCGCCGCUUUUCCGAGAAUAUUGAAGCCAGAGACGAGCGCUCAGCACGCCUUGUCUCUGCAGUGGAGUCUCUUGCCGCUGCCCACAACGACAUUUACGGUCAAGACACCAACCUCGGACAGAGCCCCCAUCCAUCCCUCCUUACGGUCGUCAAAGACCUCUACGCGGCUGUUGAGACAAACCCUGAGGACGUCAACACGGAGAUCCUCAGGACAACACAGAGCGUCGUCAGCAAAAUGCAGAAAGCCAUUGGCCACACCAACGCGCCGCACCCGGAACUCGAGGCUGAGCUUCAGCAGGAGUACGCUAAGAUUGUACCUAAAGUCGAGCGUGGCAUUGUCACCAAGGCUGAGGCCGACCACUUGCACUCUCUGGAAGCUCGCGCCCAUGGCCACACAGAGAGGGGCGGCUUGACUGCCAUAGCUCAGUCUGUAGCUGCCAGGCGUGAGCGACAGGCUUCCAUCAGCAGCGGCUCAAGCAAUGUCAGAUCUCGUGCCAACAGCCGCACCUUCACACCCCACAAGCAGUCUCACCAUGACACGGGGAUGGACCAUCACAAGGCUGAGGUGGAGAACUCGAGAGUCCAGAAUGGCGCGGUUGUGGCAGAUGCCAUACAUUCAAAAGAACAGCGCUCUCCCGAAAAAUGUGGAGUAUUGCCAUCGAACGCUUCGAUGAGGCGGUACCAGUCACUCAGCGAGUCUACAAACACUACUCGCGGCGACAGUAGGCACGAUGCCGCUUUCGCCAAGCUCCAGACGUACGGUUCUGGCGACAUGGGCAGCGGUGGUUCUGAGAACAUGCCUCGUACGCACAAGCGUGAGAACAGUCAUCCAGCCAUCUGA